AUGAGACGAGCUACCCAUCUCCUCCCCUUCCUCGCCGGCCUGGCGGCCGCCCAAGACGUCUACCUGCGAAACUUCUCCGACGUGGACGAAUCCGGCAUUCCUCGUCAGUGCCGGCUGGCAUACAAUGUUCCGCUGGAAGGAUGCCGUGCCGGCGACUUCUUCCCCGGGGCCACUUGCUCGACGUCAUGCCUGUUCGGUAUCUCGAAGCUGCAAGCCGACAUCCAGCUCGCGUGCGGCGGUGUCCUGGUUCCCAUCAACACGCUGCUGGCCCAGGCUCUCCUCGGGAACCUCCCGCUCGUGCUCUGCCCCAACAAUGACGACACCAACGCCAACACCAACACCCUCCACUUUUACCACCGAGUCCUCAAGCACCACAUCCACAACGCCCACUUCGAUAUUAACAACUACAUCGACGUCGACGUCAACAACAAUAACAAUACCCACAUCGACCAGUUCAAGUUCAUCGAGCGAAUCAUCCGUCGUGCUGCCUUCAACAAGUCGCACUCCCACCGGGACGGAUACCCCGUCUCCCUCUUCUCCUACGGAAACGCCGCCCGAGCCAGAGGUCGACGAUGA